CGACGACGUACAAGAGAGAAAAGCGAGGAGAGCUCCCCCCGCCGGAAUAUUCCGAUUCCGAUUCUUCUUCCUUCUUCUUCUUCUUCUUCUUCUUUUUCUUCAGGUCUUACUCUUCUCAUUCAUCUCCGAGCAACUGUACGACGGAAAAAGAUCGGAGUUUCUAAUCGAUUCCGGUCGCUGAUCCUGUGAUAGUUGCUGCUGCGGCUCGUUCUGCUGUGAUGCACCUUGUCCGAGAGAAUCUUUUCAUUGGAAACAUUGGCGAUGCAGCAGAGGUUCUCCAAAACGGUAGCGAUGAGGUUACCCACAUUCUCUCAGUUCUCAGCUCUGCCUCGAUAUCAUUUUUCUCUGACUGGCGCAGCAGUCUAAUUAUCCCCACAAAGGAAAUUAAGAAAGUUUUCGCUGGAGGGUCAGGCAGUACUGCAGAUUCUGAAGAUGUCGGUCUAACAUUGAUCGAUGUGUCCAAGAGUUGCUUGUCGGCUGAAAAGCUCUUGUAUUUGUUAGAGUAUGCGGGAAAGGAUUUGAAACUCGUGAGAAUGGCAGUUCCAAUUAGGGAUAUGGAGAGUGAGGAUCUACUUGAUUAUUUGGAGCCAUGCUUGGACUUCAUCGAAAAGAGUCGGAAGGAGGGUUCUGUUUUGGUACAUUGCUUUGCUGGCGUUUCUCGAAGUGCAGCUAUCAUUACAGCCUAUCUGAUGAGAUCGGAACAUCUAUCUCAGGAAGAUGCCCUUGAGUCCCUGAAGCAAUGCUGUGAAUUUGUUUGCCCAAAUGAUGGUUUUCUAGAGCAGCUGAAAAUGUUUGAGGAGAUGGGUUUCAAAGUUGAUCGUGACAGUAAUGUUUACAAGCGUUUUCGGCUUAAAGUGCUCGGUGAUUGGUACAACCGUGGGGAGAAAAUAGACAGUUCUAAAUUGGCACCAGAUCCUGGACUUCCCACAGAACUGUCUUCUGAAGUCAAAACUUUGCAAAAUGGACAAACAGAUCAUAUGUUAGUGUACCGUUGCAAGAAGUGCCGGAGAAUUGUUGCAUCACAGGCAAAUGUUGUUGGCCAUGUUCCAGGAGAGGGCGAAUCAUCCUUUGAAUGGCACAAGCGUAGAAGUGGCAACCCAUUCAACAGAGAUGACGAGUACGAAUGCUCAUCUGUCUUUGUGGAGCCUCUCCGCUGGAUGAAAUCAGUCGAAGAAGGUGCAAUGGAGGGCAAGCUAUCAUGUGCACACUGUGAUGCCCGUCUCGGCUACUUCAACUGGUCAGGCAUACAGUGUAGCUGCGGGAGCUGGAUCACUCCAGCUUUUCAGCUCCAUAAAAGCCGAAUUGAUAUCAGCAGCAUCUAAUCUAUAAUGUCACGGGAAGUUGAAGGGCCUCUUAUCUGGAGCAGCCCUUUGCUGGCAGAUCCAUUUUGUGAAUAACCGAUCCCGUCAUAUAAUCCUGAGAUCUUGGGCAAUGCAGAAGAAAGCUGAUUUUUUUUUUUGUCUUCUUUUUCCCUGCUUUUCCUUCCCUUUUUUGGUUCGUGCGCUUCAAAUAUGUGUAGUCGUUUGGAGAUUGGGCUCAAAGAUAUCAAUACAUACCACACACAGUUGAAUCAUGA